AUGGAGAGUAAAAAGUCAAAAGAAGAAAAUAAUCUAGGCACGCUUUUUUUCUCCCUUGAUUACUCCUUUGAUGCCAAUCUCCUUAAAGUCCACGUGAAGAAAGCAACUAAUUUACCUGCCAUGGAUAUAGGAGGCACAUCAGACCCUUAUGUAAAACUGUUCUUCUUGCCGGAUAAGAAGCGAAAAUUAUCAACGAAGAAAACCAAUAAGAAGCCCAUCAAAGUAUUUGGGAUCUACGAUUAUGACCGCUUCGGGAAGCACGAUUCAAUCGGAUCAGUGCAGAUUCCUCUUUCCAGCAUCGAUUUGGCUGAGCCGUUUUGUGGAAUGAAGCCGAUCAAAUCUCUCACGCAGACAACGUUGGGGGACAUUUGCUUCAGCUUGCGCUACGUGCCUACUUCUGGAAAGAUGACUGUCGGAAUCUUAGAAGCGAAGAAUCUUAAGAAGAUGGACGCUUAUGGAUUAUCGGAUCCAUAUGUGAAGAUUUACCUCAACCGAAACGGAAAGCGGCUGAAGAAGAAGAAGACAUCCGUCAAAAAGAAUACAUUAACGCCGUAUUACAACGAGUCAUUUGCCUUUGAAGUCACUCAGGAGCAGCUACAGUCAGUAGAGCUUGUGAUCAAAGUAGUGGAUCAUGACCAAGUUGGCUCAAAUGAUCCAAUUGGCAAGGUUGUUCUCAGUAAAAAAGCGACAGGACAGGCUCUGAAGCACUGGAUGGGGAUGAUCAACGUACCGCGAAGACCUGUCGCGCUUUGGCAUACGCUUGAGCCUGACGAGGAUUAA